UUCUUUGUAGGUGAGGAGAAGGAUUUUAAAUUCAAUUCGUUAUUUAACUGGGAGCCAGUGCGGAGAAGCUAAUACAGGAGUAAUAUGAUCUCUUUUCUUCGUUUCUGUUAGUACAUGUGCUGCAGCAUUCUGGAUCAAUGCUGACCUCCAAGCCACACAAAUAAUUCUGUGCGGCCUCCAAAGGCUCCCAUAUCUCAUCCUGUCAAGGAUCGUUCACAAAUGUUUGUCACACGGUACUCCCAAAUAACUCUUUACUGAGUGAUCUGGAUUUUAUGAGUGCAGUUCUUACUGGAGUGGUUUGUCAGGUGCAACUUUGUAGGGCACGCCGAGAUAAAUAUAAAAUGAAGCGAGGACUAGUUGUGCUGUAUUUGAGGGUUUUCAUUUGCUAAACUUUGACCCAUAAAAUAAACAUUCUGGCUGAUAUAACAUUUAUUGGCAUAGACAUUUGUCUAGUGAGCUGAAUAACUAAGUGAAAUUCUGUCAUAUUAAUAUACUAAUGAUAAUAUUAUAAUGUGAAUCUAGCAACUCAAAAUGACAAGCAGAAAGAUUAACAGCAUGCAAUUAUAUUAUGUCCCUCUUUUGGGUUAAAGGGAAUUCACUGACACUGUUACAGGCCUUAACCACAGCAGCUCUUUGGUGUCAAGUAUUGCUGUGCUCUGCCCUUUAAUGGGGAGUUAACGCAGAAAAUGGGGCCUUUUAGGGCUGGGCCUGUUGUGGUUGGUGUCUGUAUGCCGAGCUCGCACAAAAUAAUCAAGACUUUUUUCAUUCUUAGGCUGCAAAGGAAAGGUAUGUCUUUCAGUGAGUCUAUAGGUUCAAUUGGCUCUGCACUGAUCCCAGAACAAGACUGUUUCUUGAUUGUGUUAGUACACCACCAUUGUAGAAAUAAAGCAAGAACACAAUGUACUGUUAGACAGGCUUUUUGUGUUCUCACACUGCGGCCUGAUUUUAAUUGUAUCCCACUGACAUGUCAUGAAGCACCAGCAAUUUAAACAUCUUCUCUUUUAUUGCUUUUCCCCCAGAGUGUAGAUGUGAUUUGUUGUGCAAAUCUGGGUGAGUUUGCGUUCAGUAUUGCAGAAGAUAAUUGGAAGGACUGUAAAUUCUUUGGAGAGGAUAAGUGCAAAUAGUUUUUUUUUUUGCUGCGUUCAGUAAAAAAACACAUAAUAUUCACAUUCAUGAUGCUUUAAAGUUUAGUCUAGAUUUGAGGCCAUGAAUGAGCCUCUCCAAACACUGUGAACCAAAGAUGGGUGUCUAGUGUGUUCUAUAUACAAUCCAAACCUUAAAACAGUGAUUUCAAUGUUUCAGUGUCUGUUUUUCUCCAAACAUCAGCUUAAACAUGUUAGAUGUGUUUGCAUAUCCAUCCUGAUCCCUCCUGGCUUCCUCCUGUAAAAAGUGGAAUUUUUCCUUAUUUAAUGCAAGAGUCAAAGAAUAGUGUGUAGUACAGAUUGUAAAGCAAAUGUGUCAUUUUGGGAUCUAUAAAUAAUAUUGACCUAACGUGACAUUUUCUUUUAUAUUGUACUGUGUCUAUGUAACUUUGGUGUUUUUCAGACCCUAAAUAAAACGAAGUCAUUAGAUUAAAUCCACAAUUAAUUAAUUUGACAUUUGCUUGAUGAAAUAAUAAUGAAGCUCAUGAAGUGUCUGAAAUCACCAGAGCUUGAACUAAUGUCAGGGGAUUUCUUACGUUGUCAUUUUAUGAUAUGAAGCUGAAAAAAAAAGCAAGCGAUUUGCCUUUGCAGGCUUUUGGAAUGGUUGCAAGCUUGUUUGACAUGUUGAAUUGAUUUUGAAAGACUCAUAAAGUAUGUAUGUAUUAUGUAUUUAUAGUUCAUGUGUAGAUAGAUUGUAGAGAUUCUCUUUCUGUCUUGCUCAGUGAGAUAUUUAGUUAAUUCACAUUACUGCAGUUUCCCUAACCAGAAACUACAGGGACAGCUCAGAAGAGACUGGCUCCAUAGACUGUAUAGAAUAUGGACGUAGUCUCCAUGACGUCCCCCAUCGGUUUCUGAAGACAAGUUGUGAAGCUCUAAGUGGGUGGCUCCUGCCAUUGCCAUCAAAUGGGCGACUACUAUAAAAUUUUAGUUGUCAUAAAUGGGGACAUUAGGUAUAAAGACCAAAACCAUUUCUGUACCAGGUUGUAAAAAUUUUUGUUACUGCUGUAAAAUUGGGUAUUUUAACAUGGGGCCCUAUGGGGAUUGUCUCGCUGUUGGAGCCAGCCUCAACUGGCCAUUUCAAGAACUGCAAUUUUUGGCACUUCCACGUUCGCUUUCAUUUCCAGCACCAAGAGGUUUCCGCUUGAUUGGCACACGUAGAGGAAUAAAUGUGCUCCUUAGUAUUCAUUGAAGAGAGAGCCAUGAGUUGUUUUUGAUGCCAUGCCCUCUCGUCUAUUUGUUUGCUCCUCUUAUGCGACUUCCUGGUAGGGAAAUAUUUUUUCGACACAGCUGAUUACCCACAAUUAACAAAUCACUGGAAUGUAGCGCAGUCUCAUUACGGGUUUCUUUUCUUUUCUCAUUUUGCAAAGAAUAUGCUGAAUUUGUGCUUCAGGAGUCUAAAAGCGUAUCGUCAGCACUGCAGCUCUCUAAAGUUUCCUUUCCUUUGAUGGCUUUUUUUUUUCCUUUCAGAGUAGAUACACAGUGUAAAUAUAUAAAUGGGAUUUCUGGAUCUAGAGUACGGGUAAAUUACGGACCCAGAAAAGUACCCUAUUGAUAGUGGUAAGGUGGUGGCACACAAUAGAUCCAUUACAUCCACAAUAUUGACAAGAAUGUGCUGAAUGUCUGCAGCUGUUCUUUUGGGCCUUAGAUGAUAUUUUAAAACUUUUGUUUACCCAGAGAUUUUGUUUAUCUGUACGGCUUACACAAGGGGAGUAACAUUACUUUAGCUCGUGUACAUGCAUGUGUGUGUUUUUGUAUGUUUACAUAGUUGUCCUGGAUUUUAGCAGUGCUGCAGUGCAUUAACCGUAAGCGUAAAUAUCACAAGAAGUUUCCGCCGCUGCUUCGGAGUUGUGGACAGUAUUUCCAAGAGGAAAGUGAUGAAUGGAGCUUGUUUGGUGUAACUUUCCCUCACAGCAAGGCUAUCAAUUUGCUCUGAGGCAAACCGAUGCGUUCUGCUCUGAGCCGAACUAUAUUGAACAGAGGCCAGGAAGAAUUAAUGUGAUGAUGAGAGCACUCGGUGGAGACUGAGAUGGUGAUUUGGGCGUCCGUGACAAACAGACCCCGCUGCAGUUGCAAUUAAGUUUAAUGGGUUCAUUUUUUAAACAUCAAUCUCCAAGUCUUGUGUCUGUUUAUGUUUAUCUUCUUUCCCAACAAUCCCAAUUUGAGGCAGGUUUUAUUUACAUAUUUGACUGUUGAAUGCACUACGUGGGGCUUUUCAGUGGAAAACAUGUAUAAAUGAAUGCAGAGCGAAAGAGUGUGAAGACACAAAGUGCUCAGCGCUCACCACAGAUCACCGCUUCCUGUGAGUGUCGUUUCUGAUACAUUCUUAUCAAGUCUUAGCUAUAUCUGUGUACUCUAAACUUAACAAGACAUGUGACAGUGAAAAGAUUGGUGACACCUACUGCGGCUGAUCUGUGACACUUUCUGUAUGUUUUAACAUCUUGUAAAUGUAAAAUCUGAGACACGAACACAGGUGCUUGAGUUAAAAGUGCAUUCGAUGUUUGUUCACAGCAGGAGCGUUGCCGUUAUCAUGAUCACUGAGUGUUUAAGAGGAGGAGGGGGAGGAGAAUGUUUUUUGGCCCUCUGAGGUGAAGCACUUGCUCAUACCUAAACGCAGUCGACUUUACAGUUUAAUUUCUUUGUACCUCCCACUGGUAGAAGUUGUUUUAUGGGGCUUUCUACUGCCGGCAGAACAACUCCCCCACAAGUCAGCAGCUUAACUGGCUCCCUGACACGGCUAAUAGACUCACGAUUCAUUGCAAAUGUUUUAAUGGGACACAAAGGGGUGUGAACUUUACUUCUGAGCUGCCGUACAGAUUUUCAUAACCAUGCCAGGCCCAUAUUGUAUGGUCAAAGUCUAAAGUAAGUGCAUACCUGUUCAACUGUUUACCUGCACCAGCAGCACUCCUCCGCCUCUGCAGGAGAAACCCGUCUAUCGUCUUUCAUGCUGUUUGAGGUGUGGCCCUCUGGUUGGACCUCUCUAAUCUCCCCUCCCCCGCUGAAGCAUCAUCCAAUCCCCGCCACAUGUCAAACUCACCUGAAACGAUUUGUAUUCAGGGCCGAUACUUGCCGCUGAUUGGCCAGGUAAAAGCACUCUGCCUCAGGGCUCCCCUACCAAUGGUGAUAGGGCUGCGUGACUCAUAGGGAGAGGACAAGUUGCUUCAUUACACUUCUCCUUUUUCUGCUUCAAACAGCAGCCAUUGCAUUGUCUUUUUUUUUUUUUCUCCGUCUUCUGCAGUUUUGUUUUAGUCGCUGUGAGAAAGAGGUGUGAGGCUAGCCCGUGGUCUACACCUUCAGACAGCUUUGUCCCCCUUCUGAAUGCGCCUUGGAUUAUUCCCCUUUUCGCCUUUUGUUGUCUGUUUUUUCUCUUGAUUUUCAUUGGUUACUGUGAGCGACACUUGUUCGGUUGCUAUUAUGGACAUUGUCACCCGAAUCCUGAGCCUUUGAGGCGUAAUGCUGCAUGCCUGACUAUGGGUGGACACUUCAGCCUGCUUGUGUCCAGACCUGUUUGGUAUGCAGCCUCCUCUGCAACAGCUGGGUCCCCUGUUCUCAGCCUUGACUCAGACCUGGAGCCCUGAGAUUUCAGUGCUCCAUCUGAACACGUAUGCUGCAAGGUGUAGAUGCUCCAGGCACAGCGGGACCCAGCCUCCGUGUCAGAGAGGGACGAGGCUGCUUCCACCUGGGCCACAGCACUCUUCUGAAACUCGUGGUUUCUCUCCCGGAGAGCUAACCGCCCAGAUUAGAGAACAGGAGGACAAGAGGGCAGCCAUUUUGUGAGGUGAAGCUGAGUCUCGGGAGCCAGGAGUGGUCGUAGCCAGGAUAAUUCAGGCUGCUCCCUGCCCUCUGAACUGACCAUGACGACUGCAGUACAGCCCAGUGAACUGGUAUUUGAAUUUGCCAGCAACGGGAUGGACGAAAUCAAUCAGGUUUGCAGUUAUCUCAUCCCCACAACCGUGUCUGAAUCCUGUGGAGGAGGAUUGAUUCUGGACGACCCGUCAGUGUUUCCAGCUGUGAUUGUUGAGCAAGUGCCUGCAGCCGAUCUGCUGCAGGUCUACUCAGGCCUGGAGUCCGACGAGGUGACCAACGGCAUCAUGGUGGACACCACGCUCCAUGUCGUGGAGGAGCCCUCCAUCUUGGUCGGAGGGGUCGUCCUCUCAGAAACAACAGUCUCUGACCCAGAGGACAGCAUGGAGACAAAUGAAGCUGCAGCAGCUCUUCUUAACAUGGAGUCUCCAAACAACAUUUUGGACGAGAAGCGUAUGAUUCACACCUACGGCACUCUGUUGGAGUCAGACUUGACAUACGCCCCCCUGAGGCCUGACCAGAUGGAUAAUGGUGCCCUUGACAUGUCCCUAGACGAGGACACUUCAUCAAUGGAUGAGAUACCCCAAAAGUGUCCCUUAAAACCUCAGAAAAAAACCAAAGUGCGGAAGCCGCGAGCGGUGCGUCCCUGCUCUCCUAUCACCACCCCUAACCUGCCACUCAGGAAGAAGAGCAAAGAGGGUAAAGGCAACACAAUCUACCUGUGGGAAUUCCUUCUGGCUCUACUGCAGGAUAAGAACACUUGUCCCAAAUACAUCAAGUGGACACAGCGGGAGAAAGGCAUCUUUAAGCUAGUGGACUCCAAGGCUGUUUCAAAGCUGUGGGGCAAACACAAGAACAAGCCUGACAUGAACUAUGAGACCAUGGGAAGAGCUCUCAGGUACUACUAUCAGAGAGGCAUCCUGGCCAAAGUGGAGGGGCAGCGGCUGGUCUAUCAGUUUAAGGAGAUGCCAACAGAUCUGGUGGUGAUCGAGGACGAAGACGGAGGUUCUGAUGCCAAUGUCGGCUAUGGGAAUCACAGACCUACCAACGGGCGGCCCGUGGUCCGUGGAGGGUCCAAAGGGCACGGGAGGGCUCAUGGUCAGCAUCAUGUCUCAGCCAAGAACAUGAAGAAGGAGCCUAGUGAUGAAUAUCCGUACCAGGAAGCCAAUGGACAGACUGAGCAGCUCCUUCACUCUGUCCACAUGUUGCAGGCCAACGGGUUGGCAAUCCAAGAUCAAGCUAUGAGGGCCAUGACUGCUCCGAUGGUCCUGACUUCUCCCGGCUCUCUCCACUCUGUUCCUCUGACCACUAUUCUGGCCAACGGGGACUCGUGCCACUCCUCCCCCCCUCGGGUUAUUCUCCACACCAUGCCCUCCACCACUGCAGGUGGUAAAGAUGUGCUCACCAUCCAGACGGCCCCUCUAGCAGGUGGAGCCAACAACCUGCAGGAUGGCCUCCCUCAGCACCUCCUGGUCACCAGUCUUGGCUCCUCCACCACUUCCUGUUGCACUUCCCCUGCAGGAGUCAUUAGUUCUACCGCUUCCAACCUCUGCAGUUUCCCUCGACUGGUCACCAUCAACACAACCAGUGGGCAGACCAUGGUGGCACAGCAGCCCGGCACUGUAAUUGCCACGGUGCUCAAAUCCAGCGACCUCAUGGGUCUGCAGGUCAAAGAGGAGAUGCUGGACCCCAGCUACUUCCAUUCGAUGGUGAACGGUGAUCCAUCACUGGCAGCAAAUACAUUUGAUGAAGAAGAGAUUGAGAUAGGGGAAGCAGAGCUGCAGUAUAGGACUGUGAUCAUUGAUACCAGUCAAAGCCACGGCUACGAGGCAAUGAGUGAAACUAUAAUUAAUGGACAUUUCUCCCAGAGCAGCAGCCCCAGUGAGGGUCUGACCCCUGUGGAGGAGCUGGAAGUGCGUGGGGAGAUGUCCCUGCAGCCCGAGCAGGGAGUCAAAGGCCUGCAAGAGCUGCCACUGUCUGUCCAAAUGCCUGCAAACUUUAUCCAGAUAAAGACAGAGCCUGCAGAGGCCUAGGGCUGAAGGAUACAAGCCGAACCAAAAAACAACAAUUGAAUCCAUUUUGACCACAGACUGAAUGUUUUCUUUCCGUACCGCAGUGAUCUGAUCAAAGAUCAGAGCGAGGGAUCUCACAGAAUGGUGUCAGUUCAGCCUCAGGAUUUAUUGUUUACUCACAUAUUUUGUGACCAUGUGCCUAAUUUUUAAAAUCAAGGGAGUAGUGUUUAGUUUUUCUAAGAAGUCAGUUUUCAGAUUU